AAAUGAUGUUAAAUAGGAAUGUAGUUAUAGUGACUAACAGUGUUACCAUAGCAUCAUGGACUGAAUAUGGAGCAUUACACAGAAGGACAGGUUUUGGAAUUCAAAGAAGCAUUCAGUCUCUUCGAUAAAGAAGGUAGAGGGUACAUUACGUCAUGUCAGAUAACUAAGAUAGUCAACAUGUUCGGUACUCCCGCAUCCAAAGACGCUAUUGAUAAGUUCAUGACGGAUUACGACGACGACAAGAACGGUAAUCUCGAUUUCCAUGAGUUUCUCAAAAUGAUGGCUCGCAAUGCAGUGGUCUUAAAUGAUUUGGCGGAUGAUAACAUCAGAAUAGCAUUCCAAGCUUUGGAUAAAGACAAUAACGGUUACAUCGAGAAGUUAGAACUCCUUCAGAUUAUGAGAGGACUCGGAGAGCAGCUCACUGAGAAAGACGUUGAAGAUAUGAUAAAAGAAGGAGACUUAGAUGAGGACGGACGUAUCAACCUUGAAGAGUUUACGAUAAUCAUGAACAGCAAAUAACUUUCACUUUCAGUUUCCAUUGAGGAAAAAAAACUUUCAGUUUCUAUUUGGUACACUAAACGACUUUCAAUUUCGAAGCAUAACAGCAAAUGACUAUUCGUUUCUUUGUAGAAUUGUGAAUGACUGUUAAGAAUAUUUAUGUUCUAAAAUGAACUGUGGUAACUAUUACUGGAAGGCGUGUCAAUGAAACAGAUAUUACAUCCUUUGUUUUUAUGAUAUCAAGUCCAGCGUUCAGAUCAUCAUUUUUCUGCGAAUAUAUUAUACUUGUGCUGAAUAAUAUCCUGUGUUUAUCAAGGUCAUUUCUGCAAAAAAGCAGAAUAUCUAACUUUAAGUAAAUACCAACAAGAAAGAUGGAGAGAGAAAGAUUUUUAUAGAUGAGGCAAUUUGCGUUUUUAUUUACCAGCAAAUAGUUGAAUAGAAUUUGAGUAAUGAACUUAAAGUGUACUUUCUAUUAAAAAUUCAAUUUUAUGCAUUCAGCUUCGAUUUUGAAUAACGAAUUGUCAUCAUUAUUUAUGAAGUAUUUGAUUUUCCUUUUUUAUCGAAAUAUGACCAUGAUAUUGAGGUCUGUUUUGGUUUUAUGUUUGAUAGCUCUAUAUAUCAAAUGCUGCUUCGAGUUCAUUUGCAAUUUGUGAAUGACAAUCGAAGGUUUAUCAUUUUAUGAAAUCUUUAACCAAGUUGUGCAGAUGAUAAUAGAUUUUUCUGGGUGCAAGAUUUAGGAAAAAAAAAUUGAAUAAAAUUUACUGAAUGAUAGUUAUAUUAAUGAUUAAGGUACUACAUUUCAUUUUUUCCUAAGGUUAAACUUGUUUUGAAUCCAUAUGAGUUUGAGUAAUAUUUUCGAAUUU